GCUCGCCCUGACUCUCCCUUCCGCAGCCGCUGGGUCCCCUUCUGACCUCGCCCUGACCCUGCGGUGGACUCGGCAACACCAUGCCCCGCCCCAAACCCACCCCCCGACGGCGCGGGCGUUCCCCAGUCCCCCCAUCGCCCCCGCGGCCGGCACGCAGGCGCCGCCCAGGGCAGCGGGCGUUGCAGGAGAUCCGCACGUACCAGAGAAGCACCCACCUGCUGCUGCGCCCCGGCCCCUUUGCCCGCCUGACCCCAGGGUGUCCCCAUGGUGAUGUUCCCAUGUCCCCACUCCCCAGGGUGCGGGAGCUCUGCCUCCUCUUCACCCGCGGCGUCGAUUACCGCUGGCAGAGCAUGGCCCUGCUGGCGCUGCAGGAGGCAGCAGAGGCCUUCAUGGUGAGGUUGUUGGAAGACGCAUACCUGUGCUCGCUGCACGCCCGCCGAGUCACCCUGUUCCCCAAGGAUCUGCAGCUGGCCCGGCGCCUGCGAGGGCCCGAAGCGGGAGGCAUCUGAAUGAGGACCCCCUGGGGAGUCUCUCCUGAUAAUUUCACACCCAUAAUCUUACUGGGACCUCCUAUGGGACCAUCAUGCUGAGACCCCCCCCCCCACCCAUA